ACACGAAACGAGUCAACCUUGCCCGGUCUUUACUCUAUUUAUUAUACUGUUCCCUCUUCCUAUUAUAACAGACAGAACGAAAGACUUUCAAAGUAAUGGAGCCAAGUCUUCUCCUCAGUCUCUGCUUCCUCAUUCUCUCCUUCAAUUUCUCCCAUUCCUUUCACGAUUUGCCCAACGGAAUCCACCCAAGAGAUAAGAACUAUUACGCUUCCAAGGUGAUCAAAUGCAAGGACGGCUCCAGCUCCUUCGCCAUCAGCCGCCUGAACGACAAUUUCUGCGACUGCCCUGACGGCACCGAUGAGCCUGGAACUGGAGCUUGCCCCAUGGGAAGAUUUUAUUGCAGGAACAUUGGCAGCAAGCCCAGAUUUUUGUUUUCUUCCAGAGUGAAUGAUCACAUUUGCGAUUGCUGUGAUGGAAGUGAUGAGAACGAUGGGACGUUUUCUUGCCCAAAUACUUGCGUUAAGGGCGGGGAUUCCUCCAACCAGACCACGAGCCAAGGCUCGAGAAUUGAUCAACUGCAUAAAUUUGGCAGAAAAGCAACUAAACAUGAAGAUGAUAAGGAGGACUCAGACCAGAAUUAUACAGCGCUGCAGGUGCUGAUGGUCUUGCAGGCGAUACUUCUGCUUAGCGUUGUGGGGAUCACGCUGUUCUGUCGAAGCACCAGAUCAAGAAAAAGGCCAUUGUUGUUGUAUAGAAAGCACUGACUUAAAGCUUAACUAACUAUUUGCUGCUAUUAAGGAAUCAUUUAGAUUCAAGAAUGGUAUGACUGUGAUCUUGUUGUGAAUUAUCAUCAAUCAAUUUUGAAGAUUCUCAGAUGUA